AUGGACUACAUAGCUCCGUCAUCAGCCUGCAUCAAGCCCACCCUGAUGUCCAGCGGGGGCAUCAAUGCAGUCGGUUCCGCUGACCCAACGGGAUCGACAAGCGGUGCCGUUGGCAUGAAGCGUGGUGGCAACGCACCGUCGCUUGGGCCCAGCAUUGCUGCCGCCGCUCAGCACCCUGAUGUUGUGAAGAUCAGCCUGCAAGACUGCCUGGCGUGCAGCGGGUGUGUGACGACUGCGGAAACGGUGCUUGUCAACGCGCAGAGCCGCCACGAGAUUGUCUCUGCCCUGCUCACAUCGUCCCCAUGGACGUCGUCAAGGACAGCGACGGGGAGCGCCUCUCGUCCUCGGCUGGUGAGCAUCAGCUCCCAAUCCUGCGCCUCCCUCGCCGCGUACCUUCACAUGCCCAUGGCUGCCGUGUACGAGAUGGUGGCUGGUUUUAUGCGAGCAACACUUACGACGGCCGGACUGCAGGAGGCCGCGAGGAACGCCGAGAUCGCCGCUGCCGGGUCGCCGCGCGAUGUCAUGAGGAACGAAGAGGCGAGCGGUACGUCGACAACAGCGACGACAUAUGACGCCACGGCGGUCCUCUCCGAGUCGGAACCGCCAAUCUACGUGGUAGACCUUGAGUGGGCCGAGCAACUCUCCGCAGAGCUGACGGCGCACGAGUACGAUCGGCGCCGUCGCGGCGGCGGCAAUGCCGAGGUUGGACCGCUGCCGUUGAUCGUCUCAUCAUGUCCAGGCUGGGUGUGCUACUGCGAGAAGCAGGGCUCAGCGCUGCUGCCGCACCUCUGCCCUGUCAUGUCCGCUCAAGGUAUCGCCGGCAGCUACGCCAAACACACCGUCGCCGCGGACCUCUACCACGUGUCGAUACAACCCUGCUUUGACCGAAAGCUCGAGGCGGCGCGGGACUUGAUGCCAACAUCGACCACGGCGCCACCGACCGAAGGGACGGACGUGUCGGUCUUCUAUACGGACUGCGUUCUCAGCACUGCGGAGUUGCUGGAGUGGAUGACGGAGGCGGACCCGACGCUUCCGUGGAGGGGACACCUGGACACGAACGUCACCGCAGUCACCGCGUUGGCUGGCGACAACUGCCCAGGCCACACGGCCCACCAGCCCACGCAACUGAACGAGGAAGAGGCGCUCGCGUCAACACCGUCGCCGGCAGCCUCUUCUACCUUCGCACCCGCCCACGAGGCGGCGCGGUUCGCCGGCAGUGGCGGCUACCAUCAAUCGGUCAUCGCGCACCGCCUGCGGGUGGAAGGGUCGGCAGCGCUGCCGUCCUCGUCGUCGCCCUCGCCGAGCACGCCCGCUAACAUCGCGUACGAGGUGAAGCGGAACCGCAAUCACCAGCUCGCCACCUGCGCCGCCCUGCCGGAUGAGGUGUUCUGCAUCGGCUACGGCUUCCAGCAAAUUCAAAACACGGUGCGUGGCCUCAAGAAACGCAUGGCCGCCAUGCGCAGCUACACCUUUAUCGAGCUCAUGGCGUGCCCAGACGGGUGCUUGAACGGUGGGGGGCAGGUGCGGCCGGCGCAGCAGCCCCACGCGGAGGUGCUGGACGCCGUCCUUGACGCCUACGCGAGGAAUAUGGAGGGCAGCCGUGAGAGGGGCGGCCUUGGCGCAGCUACAGCUGCUGCCUCUUCGGGCUCGGCACUCGCCUGUAUGUUUGCCAGCGCACAGCCUGACAGCAGCGACGCCCAAGCUGAGGACGGAGAAGUCAUCAUGAAGGCGCAGCGACGUCGCGUCGAGGCAGCAUGGCAGCCCUUCGCCGAUGCCACCAUUGCUGCCACAGCCCCCUCACUAGGGGACGCGCUUUGGCGUUGUACAUUUCGCGACCGCGAGAAGGAGUUCGCCGCGAUGCUGAACGACGGCAAUGUGCACAGCUUAAAAUGGUGA